UGCUGUUCAAUGCACACGCGUGGUGCAGAUGAUGUGGGCUAUUUGACUUGUUGAGCAGAUAAGUUUGCUGUUGUGGUGAAAUUUGUUUCGCCCCUCCAUCGUGCUUACCAUCUCGGAAGACAGCAACAUGUCGACGACAGCCUCUCCGUCCGCGAUACCAAGCGCCAUGACUACGCCUUCGCCAGAGCCCCCGCUCAUCAACGAACUCUUGGGUGCAAGCUCAAAUGGAACGACGGCGGACACCGAGAUCUCUAGCCAAGGGCUCAGCGAAUUCCUUACCACGCUCCUCCUGAGCGCGGUCCUCGGUCUCGGCCUGUGGCUGCUAUUCGAGAUCAAGCGGAACAAGCGGAGCGUCUACGCGCCUCGGCCCGCCAAGCUGCCGCACCGCGCACCGCCGACACUCGCUUACGGCCCGCUUCGGUGGGUGUGGACGGUGGCCACGCUGCCCGGCUCCGACACCCUCCGCCUCGCAGGCACCGAUCGUAUGGACGCCUACUGCCUGCUGCGGUUCAACUACCUUUGCCUUCGGAUCUGUCUCUUCUCGUCCUUCUGGGGCAUGCUCGUGCUGACGCCCGUGUACGCCCUGGAUGGCUCAGACGCGGUGAACACGAUCUACUACCUCACGCUGGCUAACGUCCCAUCGGGCAGCAACACUCUGUGGGUGACAGUGGUUUUCGCCUACCUGUUCACCUGGCACGCUCUGUACGUGCUGCGAGGAGAGCACCAGGCGUUUGCAGAGAUGCGGGAGGCAAGAGUUCCUUACCAAGGGGGAUCCGGACUUCGCCACGCAGACCCGGUGGAGAACGUACCGGCCGAGCUUCGGUCUGCGGUGGCUCUAGAAGCAUACUUCGAAGACCUGUUUCCAGGGUGCAUUCACAGCGCGGUGAUGUGCCUCAACAUGCCCAACCUGGAGGCCAAGGUGGAGAGGCGGGAGGUCGUCGCCGACAGGCUGGAGAAAACGCGGUCCCUCCAGCUCUUGACCGGAAAAGUGGUUCAGCACAAAAAUCGACGCUUCCCUGGCGAUUGCUGCGGGGCCGCUUCCGCGAUGUCGGAAGCAGAGUACCUUGCGGGAGAGCUGGCCAAGCUCAACGAAGAGAUCGAAAAGGAGCAGAAGACAUUCCUCCAGGCGGCGCAACGACUCAAUUCCAUGGACGAACGCCUCAUGCGCGCGGCCAGCAUAUCACGGAAGAUGAAAGGCAAGGAAGGAGGCGGACCGGCAGAGGAGGAGGAUGCAGCAGCGUCGUCCGAACGACCGGAGAGCAAGGCGGCGUCUGUGGAUCAGAUCGACUUUUUCCUAAGGACCAAAUCGCAGAAAGAGUCUCAGUGGGCCAUGCAGGAAGUGGACGACGUUUCGGACGUGUCGCCUUCCUCGCGAAGGGUCGACGAGGGGCGGACGGGGUCGUCGAGCCUGGACGUCGAGGGGGGGGGGGGCGCCGAAUCAUUAAGCGGCAUCGAAGAGGAGCUGGAGGCGAGGAGGAGACGUUCUAUGAACCAAUCUCCGAGCUCAGGCGGCGACGAGCUUAAGCCCGGUCCUCGUCCCGGAGCCACGUCCGCCUUGGACACGGACCAGCCGCUUGCCGGCGGGGCAGCGGGCCUUAUCGAGGCCGCCCCUGAGAUGGCAAAGGAAGCGCUGUCUUCCCUCGCGUCCGUGGGCAACUCUGCCUUCCACACCACGAGGAGGGUCGCUCGCGGUGUCCUGUACCUCACCUUAGGCCAGCGCAUGAGCACCACCGGCUUCGUCACCUUCCGGCAAAUGGCGGCUUGCGCGUCUUCUAGACAGGUGCUGCUGGCGCCUCGGCCAGACUGGUGCGACUGCGAGCCUGCGCCGGACCCGCGAGACGUGGUAUGGAAGAACAUUGCGGUGCCCCAACCCCAGGCAAGAAGUUAUCAUUGCUGA